UUUUUUAUCUUUUAAUUUUUUGUUAAUAAUAAAAUAAAAUUUAUGUUUUGGCACUUGAGUUGCUUGUUCAAGGGUGCUUCUCUUUCAUAGUUAUCAAAAACUAGAAAAUGGGCUCUUUGUUUUUUGAGGUCUUAUUGAGUACUAGGAAGUGGUAGCAAUUUGGACUGAAAACACUGAGGAAAUUGAGCUGUUUAGUGCUUAGUGAAAGAAAGAAUCAAAGGAAGAAGAAAGAAAGAUGCUCUAUAGUCGUGAAGUUUUGAAUUUCUUGGUGAGGAAAGAUGUGAGGAAGAUACUCAAGAGGAAAGACAGUGAUGCUGGUGAAAGAGGAAGAGCUUUAGAAGAAUUGCGGUCUUCUUUAUUUAGCAGAUUUCGCUCGUCUGAAAGCGCAAAGCGACACGAACAACAAUUAUGUGGCCCUGUCAUUGCUCUUACGUUCAAUUUUCUGGUUGCUAUUGGUAUUAUUUUCAUGAACAAAUGGGUGCUUCAAGGAGUUGGCUUCCAUUUUCCUAUAUGUCUUAGUUUUAUUCACUAUGCACUAAGCUGGGCACUGAUGGCCAUUAUAAAAGCUUUUUCUGUGCUUCCUGCAUCUCCUCCAUCAAAAUCUUCUCGUUUAUCUCUAUUCACUCUUGGCUUUGUUAUGUCUCUCUCUACUGGCCUAGCUAAUGUUAGCCUGAAAUACAAUAGUGUUGGAUUCUAUCAGAUGGCUAAGAUUUCUGUUACACCCUCGAUUGUUUUAGCAGAAUUUAUAUGGUUUAAAAAGAGAGUUUCUUUUUCCAAGGUGGUUGCACUUACAGUUGUGUCUAUUGGUGUUGCCGUGGCUACAGUAACUGAUUUGCAAUUCAGUCUCUUUGGUGCUUGUGUAGCACUAGCUUGGAUAAUUCCUAGUGCAGUCAACAAGAUUCUCUGGUCCACUCUGCAACAGCAGGAUAACUGGACAGCCUUGGCGUUAAUGUGGAAGACUACACCAAUUACAUUGUUUUUCCUGGCUUCAUUGAUUCCUUUCUUAGACCCCCCAGGUGUCUUCUCCUAUGAUUGGAACUUCAGAAACACAGCACUGAUUCUCAUGUCAGCUCUUCUUGGCUUUUUGCUUCAGUGGUCUGGUGCUUUGGCACUUGGGGCGACAUCUGCUAUUUCUCAUGUUGUUCUUGGUCAAUUCAAAACAUGUGUUGUGCUUCUUGGAAAUUACUACAUCUUUGGCUCCAAUCCAGGAGCGACCAGUAUAUGCGGGGCAUUGACGGCUAUUGUAGGCAUGUCUUGUUACACAUACCUCAAUAUAUGCAACCCAAAACCACAAACAGGAAAAUUAUCUCCUGGAAAGUCUUCCACACAAUCCAGAUCGAGUAAAGAAAAUGUAGAUAGCCAUGAUGCCUAUGGGGGGGAAUCUGUGUAACUCAUCUCUGUGACAAUGGCUUAUCGGCUAACAUGUGACAACAGAUUUUUUCAUUAACCCUAGGUGUUGCUUCAUCUGCAUUUGUUUCUGGGUUAGAAUUUGCUAAUUUAAUGGAUCGUGGUGCACUCUAUUUAAGUUUCCCAAGAGGACUUGUAGAUUAGUCAGCUGACCAUAAAUUUGAACCAAACAAUCUGAAGGGCUUGUGUAGAUGCUGCUGAUGCUUUGCUGCUCGCAACAAUGGACCAACUUUGUGUAUAUAAAUUAGUUGCUUUUCUUGCACAAGUUUAAACCGUUAAGGCUUUCUUUUUCUGCAUCAAGUUAUCUGUAUGUGAAGAUUUGGCAGCAACUCGAGAGACAAUACAAUAUUAAGCCAUUGAAUGUGGGUUUCCAAGCUAAAGUUGACUAGCUUGAACAGAUACCUUUUCAUUUACAAGUCUUCUUGGUCUUGAUUUCUGUAUGUGGAAAUGACAGCUUGCCAUUUGAUGGACAACUGAAAGUAACUCUAAGAUAGUAUUAAUUAAAAUUCCGAGAUAGAAAAUAUGAAUAUUUGUGAUGAUUGAGGAAAU